AUGCGGCGGUUCUUCGAUAUUCUUCAUUCGGUUGUUAAGUCAUUUGGAUCGAGAACGGAGUUGCGGCUGACAACUUCUUCAAAAGCAGGCAUUGUGGAGUCAAGUAUAGCAGAUCGGUGUUGUGACCCCCGCGAAGCAGGUGGUCCACCAGCUAAAAAAUCUAGACCAAUGGAAGCUGCAACAUCACCAGGUUCAUCAAGGUCUGUUGGUCAGCGAAUCAGUGAGUCUUCGAUGAGAGAAACACAAAAAUUAUCACCAAUAGGUAAUGUGUCAGUUAAUUCACCAAAUAGCGAACAAUCUGUCCGUAAUCGUUUAACAGCAAUACAAAAAAAUACAAUUCGUGUUAUUGCUCAAUAUCUUAUGAAAAAUGGCUUGCAGAAAUCAGCUGCUUUAUUAGUUUCGGAAAGUGGAUGUCGUGCCGAAAAUGGCCUUGCUAGUUGUUUUCGUAAUUAUAUUCUUAAAGGUGAUUGGACUCGCGCAUUAAAAAUUCUUGAUAAAAUCACGGAAUCUAUUCGUUCAGUAAAUAAUGAUGGUUUUAAGGAAGUUCGAGUUAGACUUUUAAUCGAAAAAUAUGUUGAUUUAAUAGCAGAUGGAAAAACAAUUGAUGCAUUGCAAUUAUUAGCAACGAAUUUUCCAUCUGAUGAAGUAUACUCUAAUCUUCGAAAUGAUUUAGCCAAAUUUUUAUUUUAUAACCCUCAGACUGAUGAUAUUUACAAAAAAACUGGUGCACAUCGAAGUGAAGAAGAAAGAGAAAAAUUAUUGGUGGAACUUCAACCAUCGUUUCCAACUGAUUUCAUGUUACCUCCUAAUAGAUUGGAGCAAUUAAUAAGCCAAGCAUGGCAAAAACAAUGUGACUCGUGUCCUUUGCAUCAAAAUCCAGGACUAGAGGAAGAUCCUGAUUUCGUCUUAAAGGAUCACAAUUGUGAUUGGAAUCGUUUUCCUAUAUUUUCACCUCAGGAAAUCGAUUUUCAUACAAGCGAAGUGACUUGUUUAUCUUUUUCACCUUGUGGUAAAUAUCUAGCUACCGGUGCGCGUUCAGGGCCAGUUGCUUUAUGGAAUGUCCUUUCGAAUCAUGAAAUUGGAACUUUUAAAAGUCUUGGGGAAGAACAUGAUUGUAAUUACGUGGUAUGGAGUCAUGAUUCCUCGCUACUGGUAGUAGCACCAAGCACAUCAGCUGCUUCUAAAAUCGACGUUUAUGACGUCCAGAAGGGUGAGGCACUAUGUUCGGUUGACUGCCCUAAUUACGAAACAGUUAUCGUAAAAUUUUGUCCAAACUCGAAAUAUUCAAUCGUUUAUGCAGAUCAAUUAUCUCAUUUUAUGAAAGCGAACUGGGAAAUGAUCGCAUAUAUUAUCAUCGUCACGUCUAUGCUUAUUUGGGCUGCCUGUGUAUUCAAAAAUCCUCUUGACGAUAUCACUCCAAGUCGCUUCAGGAUCCGUUCUUACCUCUUUGAGCCACCGCAUGAUGAAACACUUUUUGUUGUGCCAGCGACAAUAAUUACUUUCACCAUCGAUUCAACUGAACGCAAGCUUCUGAUUAGUACGCGUGAUCAUGGUUUAUAUCUAUACGAUUUAUGCACUCGGGUCCAAUUGAUAAGGUAUAAUGGUGCUUAUCAGAAUAAUUGUUGUAUUCAAGCAUGUUUUGCGGGGAAUGGUUUGCCGUUUAUUGCUACUGGAACCUAUGAUCGUCAAAUUGUGAUAUGGAACGAAAUAACGGGAAAAAUUGUUGCAAGAUUAUCUGGACAUCGUGGUACAGUAAAUGCUGUCAGCUGGCAUCCAAAUCGGCCUCAGAUCGUUUCUGUUUCGGAUGAUAAAUCGAUAAAAGUCUGGAGCGAUUUGCAUCGUUCCGCUGUACCUCCUAGAUAA